GCAAACCAAACGACACCGUUCAGGAGUGCUACAAUUAUAAAUCAAACGGCUAGACAAAAAACCUGGGGGUUAAACCCCAAGACCACUAGAUUGAUCGAGGGAGAUGGGAAAAGCGGAGAGAGAGCGUCUGAAUCAAAGUUUGAGUGGGCACCUCAACACCAUCCAUGAGACCCUCCAGCUGUUGGAUCAGACACCAGCUCCAUCGCUUGAUAAACUGACCUGGGAUGUUGUUGUUAAAAUGGGCGAUCAAGUCUCCAAGCAAGCUACUAUUGGUACCCUUCUUUGCUUGUUCUCUGCUCCUUCAGGAUCUCGAAAUAAAGACCUCAAACCUUUAGUCCCACAAUUAGUUGGUGCAGUAUGGGAAGCAUGCACUGCUCUUAAGAAGACUCCUGCUUCAAAUAUCACAGUGAUUGGGCGAGCAAUGACACAGGUUGCAGUUUCAGUGAAGGAUGUUCUUCGAGAGAUGGAGGAGCUCAAGCCAGUAUCCUCCAAUCAGACAGAAGAAGCUUCCAAUGAUGAUGCUUCUCAUGCAGAAACUAGACUUGGUGACAAUGAUAGUCUGAGUGAUGACCUAGGCAAUGACCUGUCACCUGAAGAGAUGAAAGUAGCUCAAUCAGCAAUUGGGGUUGUGUCUGAGACAGUUGUAGUCAUGAAAGAACUUAUCCGCACCAUCACUGGUUUGCUUAAGCAAGAAAAGCCUGAAGACAGCAGCAAUUUUGUGGACACUCUGGAGAAGUUAUUGAAGCUGUGCCAAGAGAUUGGAGUGCAGAUUGAUGAGCUUGGGGCUUGUCUUUAUCCCCCGCAAGAAUUUCCAGCUAUGAAGGCAGCUUUGUAGAUAAUUUCUAGUGUCAUUGUCAAAGUGCAGACAGAGAUAGAAAGUUUGACAAGCUCUUCAGAAGCUGUUUUCCAGGCAUGCAAUGAUUUGAAAAGUUCAUUGAAACAAAUGGAAGCUACACUGGGUUGCUGUAGUACUAGUGAUAUAGAAUUCAUAAUGCAGAAUGUCGCUCUAAGCUGUUAAGAGGGAUGGGGGAACUCGCUCAGAGUUUGUUUCUGAACUAGACUUGUCCAACACGAUGUUUGUAAUAUGCAAAUCGAACAUUGCAAAUAUCUUGAUGGACAACAGAGGCAUUGAAAACCGCAGUUGUUGCUAACUUUACUUUUGUUGCUCAAGCAAUCGUGUAUAUGCAUCCCAAGAUGAUAAAACUUGAUAAUUUAUAUUUAUUUUAUCUUUUUA